GCCGGCUCGGCUCCGUAUUCUCCAUCAUGUCCAUCAUGUGGGCUCUUUGCCUCCUCUCUCUCUCCAUCCUCUCCGCGUCCGCCGGCCGCGUCGCGCGCAGCUGCGGCACGUGCGACCCGGCUGUGUGCGCGCCGCUGCCGGCGGAGGGCUGCGCGGCGGGCGCGGCGCUGGACUCCUGCGGCUGCUGCUCGCUGUGCGCGGCGGCGGCGGGGGAGCGGUGCGGCGGGCGCGGCGCGGCCGCCAGGCGCUGCGGCUCCGGGCUGGAGUGCGUGAAGAACGACCGGGACAAGAAGAGCAAGCUGGGCGUGUGCGUCUGCAAGGCCGACUACGAGGUGUGCGGCUCCGACGGGGAGACGUACAGGACCGGCUGCGAGCUGAAGUCCGCCGGCGUGAGGGCGGCGGCCGAGGGCAGAGCCGAGAUCCGGAUCCAGAGCAAGGGCAAAUGCCCAACAGCACCCGUGAUUGUGACGGCUCCAGGCGAAGUGUACAACGUGACCGGCUCUCAGGUUUACCUGAGCUGCGAGGCCAUCGGCAUCCCCACACCGGUAGUCACCUGGAAGAAGAUUGUCAGUGGGAAAGGGAAAAUGGAACUCCUUCCUGGAGACAGAGAGAACCUCGCAAUCCAAACCCGUGGUGGGCCAGAGAAACAUGAGGUCACAGGCUGGGUACUGAUCUCCCCCCUCACCAAAGAGGAGGCAGGCUCGUAUGAGUGUCAUGCUGCCAACUCCAAGGGCGAGGUGUCGGCCGUGGGAGCCAUUCACGUGGUGGACUCCAUUGAUGACAUCCCCAUUAAGACAGUGACCAAAGAUGACGAGCUGUAGAGGGCGACCGGGGCAGGAUGAGAAGGUGGUCCCUCCAUUUCACGUCCGUCACCAAGAAGCGUGCUCAUCUUUAAAUAUGACGUGGAGAAUUUCACAGAUUGGUUCUCAAAACUCACAAGUCAAAGCAAAUCAUUCCCAAUUCCUGCAUUGUUGUUGGCUCUGGAUGUUGAGGAAGCAUUCCACAUGUGUUUGUGUAAAGCCUGUUUUAAUCCCUGGAUAUUUUUUUUCCCUCUUUUUAGUCGUUUUUAUAUGUAGUCUUUUUGUAUAAACAAGAUCAAGAGUGGUUGUUAAGCUGUUCCAUCUUGCACCGAUCUGAGCACCUUGCUUAAGCUGAGGGCCAGAAGUCCGUCACUGCAGGUAACGAGAGAGCGAAAACAAAGGUUUUAUUCCACUUAAACGGGCGCUACUUUUCCUUUUAAAAGUCUCGCUAAGCACAAAGCGUUCGCUCUCUCCUUGGACGUGCCCAACAGGCUGAGAGAUGGGAGCUGACAGACUAAGCCCCCUAACCAAACACUGCAGCCGGCUGCUCUAGACCGAGCUUAGCUCUCUAACCCGAGCGCGGCGUGCUGGACCUCGGACAGACACGCAGUCAGUGAGCUGAACAGGAUUUAGAGUGGAAUGUGGAGUCACACAAAAGGUGCUAUCAUUAUAAAUACUGAUUUCUUCUCAUGCUAUCAAGCACAGACUAAGUCUUCUAGCGUUUUCAUGUGUAUGUCGUAUGUCCCCAUUUAACUUUGGAAGUUUUUAUUGCUAAUACAAUGUCACUCUGAUGGGGCUCGUGUUGUAUUUCACUAAUAAAUAAGAACUAACUACA